AUGAUCGAGGUCAUGUCCAUGUAUCGUAUUAGAAAUCCAGAACCAACCAAACAGAGGAGCGUCUGCACUUCCUCAGCUUCAGAACCAGCCAGUCUACCUGCUGAAGACAUCAGCACCAACUCAAACGGACCCAAACAGGACUCGCUGUUUGAUGAUGAUCCAGAGGACCUGUUCGCAGAGGCCACAGAGGAGGUUUCGUUGGACAGUCCAGAGAGAGACGUCCUGCUGUCUGACGGCCCGUCGCCUGCCAUCACCCCCAUCACCCCUCCCACCUCCGUCAUCACCCCUCGCAUCGGCCUCCCCCACGACGACAUGUUCACACACUCCUCUUUCGACGAGAUUGAAGAGGAGGAGGGCGGCGAUUCCUUCGACAUGCACAUAUCAGUGUCUGACCCUGAGAAAGUGGGUGACGGAAUGAAUGCGUACAUGGCCUACAAAGUGACAACCAAGACCUCCAUGUCUGUGUUUAAGAAUCAUGAUUUUUCAGUAAAAAGGCGUUUCAGUGAUUUUCUGGGUCUGCACAGUAAAUUGGCCUCCAAGUACCUGCACAUAGGCUACAUCGUCCCCCCCGCGCCGGAGAAAAGCAUUGUGGGGAUGACCAAGGUGAAGGUGGGGAAGGAGGACCAGUCGUCCAACGAGUUCGUGGAGAAAAGGAGGUCGGCAUUGGAGAGGUAUCUGAUGAGAACAGUGAAGCAUCCCAUCCUGCUGAAGGAUCCUGACGUGCUGCAGUUUCUGGAGAGCUCCGAGUUGCCGCGGGCAGUCAGCACCCAGGCUCUGAGUAGCGCCGGACUUCUGCGAAUGGUCAACAAGGCCGCAGACGCAGUCAACAAGAUGACCAUCAAGAUGAACGAGUCAGACGCUUGGUUCGAGGAGAAGCAGCAGCAUUUUGAGAAUCUUGACAUUCAGCUGAGGAAACUUCAUGCCAGUGUGGAGUCGCUGGUCUGUCACAGGAAAGAGCUGUCGGUGAACACGGCUCAGUUCGCCAAGUCGGCGGCCAUGUUGGGGAACAGCGAGGACCACACGGCUCUGUCCCGAGCUCUGUCCCAGCUGGCCGAAGUGGAGGAGAAGAUUGACCAGCUGCACCAGGACCAGGCCAACGCAGACUUCUACCUCUUCUCUGAGUUACUGGGAGACUACGUCCGCCUCAUCAUCGCCGUUAAGGGUGUGUUUGACCACCGUAUGAAGACGUGGCAGAAGUGGCAGGACAGUCAGAUGCUCCUGCAGAAGAAACGAGAAGCUGAAGCCAAACUGCAGUUCAACAACAAACCAGACAAACUGCAGCAGGCCAAAGACGAGAUCAAAGAGGAGAUUGAGGAGCUGGAGGGGAAGGUCCAGCAGGGAGAGAGAGACUUUGAACAAAUCUCCAAAACUAUACGCAAAGAAGUCAGCAGGUUUGAGAAAGAGAGAGUGAAAGACUUUAAAGCGAUCAUUAUCAAAUACCUGGAGUCACUGGUUCAGACACAGCAGCAGCUAAUAAAAUACUGGGAGGCCUUCUUACCCGAGGCAAAGGCCAUCUCAUAGAGUCCACACAUACACAACAGACAGUCCUGACUGGCUCCGGUUAAACUACACUACCCAUAACGCACCGGGCCUCCCAGGUCACCACCUUCCUCCUUCUCCUGUUCCUGCCCAGAGUGAGGAAGAGAAGCGACUCCGCCACAACAGUCUUUUCUGCAUUUAAAAAGAAAUCAACAACAGAACUCUAGAAUUUACAGUUGGUCAACUUUUGUUCCUCUUUUAUUUCCUGCUGAGCUCAGUGUUGCGUUCACGUCCUGUCAGAGUAAUUGUUGUUCUCCUGAUCGAUGCUUUCACAGUAAAACUGUAAUAUUAACAGUUUUGCACUCUGCGCUACCACUUCCUUCUUAGUGUUCAGAAUUCAGCAAAAAAAUUCUGAGUUCCUGUGUGGAAUUUCUUUAUAAACAUGAAAAGUGUUAUUUUCAAGCCUGAAGUUUAUAAUCCCGUACAACUUGAACGCAGCAUGAGUUAUGACCAUUGUGAUGGCUUUUCUCUCCACACAGAUUCUAACAUGGUGUCACUUUUUACAAAGUAGAGCACUUUGUUCAUCAAUAUUUUCCCACCAGACACGAAAGGAAUGUGUGAGUGGAGACACUUUUUUUAUUUUAGUUUGUUUGAUGAUUUUCCUUAAUGUUCCUCAACGAAGACAGAUAUCCACACUCUAAUGUAAAGAUAUUAUCCUUUCUGUCUUUCUGCAUUAGUUUGGUCGUUGGAUGUAUGGAAGCACAUUGCCCAAGAAAAAGAUGAAAGUUAGGAAUGAUCAGAUACAGAUUCUGACAAACGGAAGUCCAAAUGAUGCGACCCUACAGCCCGUUAUCUGUUUGUGUUUGUGUAGAUUUGGUAAACAAAAAAAAAAUCUAAAUCACUACAUAAACAUUUUUAGGCUAGAGUGAUCAAGAAGCGUCUGAGAUAUUUAAAUCACUUUCCAUAUUCGCAGAUGUCUGUCAUAAAAAUUAAGCUCAAUAUCUGAGAUGAAAUAUUCAAAACUUAGAAUAAAGGGUCACAUGAUGACGAGCUGUAGGAUCUGUUAGAAAAAUCUGGCAAGUGAACCUUGAAUAUUUUAUAUUUUAGUUUCGAAACGGGCAUCACUUUAAGUCCCCCUAUUUAGCAUGUUUAAGCAGUAUAUAAAUAACUAAUUAAUAGUUAAUAAAACACUAUAAUGUAGCCGUAAGCAGUUGUAAGUGUUUAUUCAUUAUUUUUCAACAACUAUAAGAACUCCUCUGUGCACCUAUAACAGGAGGCUGCUGUACAAACAGAUAAUGUGUGACGAUAUAGUAAAACAGCUGUUUUAUAUUUAUAAUAAUAUAAAAUAUGUCUUCAUAGGACAAGUUGUAAUUGUUGACAAAUCCUUCCUAUUAAUAAACACAUUAAAAAUGUCCGUAUAACUGCUUAGAACGAUAUGAUAGUGUGUUUUAAACAAUGUAUUAGAUGUUUGUAUACUGCUCAGGAAAGCUUAAUGGAGGACUUAAAGUAAAGUCUUUGAGUUUAUCAUUCCUGAUUUUUCAUUUAUUCUGGUUUUCCUGGCAUGAGAGGUCUUCCAUACAUUGUUCCUAAAUACUACAGUACCCAUGAGCCUCAGCGGCAGUUGCUCUCAAGAAGGUUGGAGUCAAAGCUGUCAAUAUAUUGUAGCAUGUUCAGUAAAAAUCCAAAUUUUCUUCUUUUUUUUUAAAUACAAUUUUCCGCCCGGCAACAGAAAUCUGACCAAUCUCUCUGAUUGGAUGCGUCUUGCUGCAGUGUUCUCUGGGAGUGUCCCCUAACAUGGUCUUGAACCUUUGACUUUUUUUCAAAGGAGCCGAUUUCCUUUCAGCUCAGUGUUUGAAACCAGGAAUGUGAAAAAGUUACCAUUGAAUUUUAUCCAUAAAUAAGAUUUCAACAUAUGUUUGUCCAGCACAUAAUUGUUGUUACACUAACACUGCUAUGAGCUUUGUGUUAGAACAGAACAGCAGCUAAACUUGGGAACCACUAAAAACUCCCCAGAACAAACCCAGUCGUCAGAAUAUCUGCGGUUUUAUUGGAGUUUGAAACGGGAGCUGUGAAACUGACCUGGAGUCAGUGAUGAAGGACUACUGACUGCAUCCUUCUUGUUGUUUUAUGUCUUGUACUUACUGUCACCUGUUCAAUCCCCUUACUUCCGCCUCACUGAAACUAAAAAGCCCUUAUUUGUGUUGCUGUAUGAUCGUAAGUGAAGGCAACGUUUUCUCUUUCUGUCCCUUUUGAGCCAAUGAGAGCAGAGAAGGAAGAAUUUCACUCUGGUUCAGUUCACUGCUGCUGUCUAACGGACAUUUCCAGACAUAGAGAAAAGUUUUGUUGUUUUUUGUGCCCAAGAAGGAAAACGUUUCUCCUUGAAUCAUCAGACCUAAACUAGUGGGGUAACGAGGUAAACUGAUCUCUGUAAAGUCAUAUUAGAUCAGAGAAAUCCAGAAGUGAGCCUUUAGUGUCUUUCUUCCUCAUGUUCAUUUUCGUCAAAGAAAACUAUGAUGUUUUCAGUUUUGGUUUAUUUAAUGUACCAGGAAUUGAAGGAAUCAAACAUGCUUGUGAAGCUGACGAGCUGACGAUGAAGGACUUCCUGUUGAGUGUUCAGUAGUUUCAGGUGUGGAGGAAGUGAGUGACCGUCAGGUGACUGUGUCCGUCCAGAGAGCAGCUUCACACUGUUUCUCUUCCUACUGAUCAGUGUGAGGGCUGCAGUUGGACAUAUUUAACUGCAAAUUUGUUCUUGAUUUUAUUGUUGUUGAAUUUAUCAGAAGCUACAAAUCUGACAUAUUUUAUUAGAUAAAUGUUGAAAUGAAAACUGGAAUUUCUUUUUUCAGCCCUCAUCCCACUACUUCUGAAUCUUAAAUCAUAUAACACUGUAUUGAUUGCUACCUUUUUGUAUUUUAUUCCAUGUUUUAUUCUACAUGUUUUGCCGCCUAAAUGAUGUGCAAUGGUUGAGAAUUUUCAGUUGAUUUUAUUUUUUGUUAUUUUCAGAUGAUGAAAUUCUUUCUGAGCUGAUUUUUUUUAAGUCUUGUUUUUGACAUGACAUUCCUGCAGCGCGGCAGUGCAGAAGUUUGCGAACUUUAAUUACAAUAAAGGAAUGUAUCUCAUC